AAAAGAAAAAGGAAAGAAAGAAAAGAAAUACUCAGACCUACUAUGUGCUAGACAUUGUUCUAGGCACUUUGCAUAUAGUAUUAAAAACAAACAAAAUGUGGAUUUCCCUGGUGUCCUCAGCGGGUUUAAGAAUCCAGCGUUGUCAUUGCAGUGGCUUGAGUUGCUGCUGUGGCACAGGUUCCAUCCUUGGCCUGGGAACUUUUUGGCACAGCCAAAAAGACAAAACAAACAAACAAAAUGUUACUAUUGGAAUUAUGGAUUCUAUUUCAUUAAAUAUGUUACAAUAUCACUUCUUUUAUGGAGCUUAUAUUCUACUUUGGGUAGAUAUGUAAUCAUAUAAUAAAUUGGUAUAUUAGAUAGCAUGUUAGAAGAUGAUACGUGUUACAGAAAAAUGGAGCAGGGUAAAGGAAAUUGGAGUGCUGGGUUGGGAAGGAAGGCUAUAACUUUAAAUAGGAUGGUCUGGUUUGGUCUUGUUGAAAAGCUAUUUGGGCAAAGACCUAAGAGAAGUGAGGGAGGUGGCCUGUGAAUAUUUGCAGGAUAAUAACAUUAUAUUUAAUUGAUAUUUGUGAAUUUCAUAAAAAUUCCUGUUGGAUUUUUUUUACUGGAUUUUUUCAUAUAUAUGUAUAUAUAUGUGUGUGUAUAUAUAUAUAUAUAUAUAUAUAUGUAUGUGUGUGUGUAUAUAUAUAUGUAUAUACAUAUACACUAAUUUAUAUACUAAUUACUUUAGGGAGGGUUGAUGCCCUUACAAAAUUGCGUCUUGCCAUUUAUGAGCCUGGUCUGGCUCCACAUUUAUUCACAGCCUCUGUUAUGUAUUCUUUAAUAGUUUUAUGGUUUUAUCAAUAAAGGUCAUACACAUAUUUGUUGGCUUUAUUACUAUGUACUCUAUAGUUUUUUUGGUCCCCAUAUACUGUUUGUGUAUAUUUCCAACCCUACUUCCUGUCUGCUUAUCCCACUCCCCCCCCCGAUUCUACUCCCGGUUUCUGAUAGGUGAUGAUCGUAUGUGUGUGUAUGCAUAUAUGUGUGGAGCGGGGGUGGUGUGAGAUAUGGAUGAGGGUCUUGUUUCCUGACCCUUAUCCUAAAGCUGAGUUUGAUUAACCCACACCACAACCUUUCUUUUUCAUGAUUUUUGCAAAAUAUAUAUUCUUGUCCUGUCUCCUCAGUGAAUCUUCAAGUCCCUCAGGAGGAGUGACUGAUGUCUUCUACUCUGCAUUUUGCCUGUAGUACUGGGCACAUUGUAAUUACUCAAAAGGUCUUACUGGUACAUUUCCCACAAUGGGAUUGCUGUACUUUUCCUUCAAUCUCUUCACUCCAUUGACCCCUCAAUCAUGACUUUCCCUUGACCUUCAAAGUUGACUUCCAAACAGAAAGAUGCAUUUUCCCUCUGGACUUGUACCUGGGACCUUUACUUCUGCCAGUGAUCCUUCUCCUUUGAGGAAGUCAGAGAGAGAAAAUGUCUUGAUUAGUAGCUGAGAAUUCUUUAAGAAGAAUUACGUUGGUGAGAUAAACCAGACCAGUUUUUGUAAAAAGUUUUCCCAGAAAGCAUAUGUCUAUGAGAUGCUUGGGGGAAAGAAAAGAUCCUGAGUUAAAAGAAAAAGGAGGAUGCUCUUUAUAUUAAAUUGUUCUCUUGGAGAAUUUCACCAUAUUCUAAGUAUAUUAAAGGCCCUGAGAAGUUUAUGAUAAAUAAAAUUAAUUUUGUUUAGGCCAUCACUUUUUCAACAUAUUUGAGCACAGAACCUUUUUUUUCCUGUUUUAAAAAAAUACCUAUUAACAUCCACAUACCUCACAUUGGGAAACUGAUUUUGUUCACUCUCUGUUUUCUGGUAUAUAUAAAGCAAACAAAGCCAUCUAUCCUAGAUUGUCUUCUAAAGACAUUUUGCCUGUAGUAGUGUUGCAAAGCCUAGAUCAGGAGGAAAUUUCUCUUAAGAUCUAUUAUAAAUCCUUUCUGGACAAGGGAGUUGCAUCCAUUCAUUUGGAAUUUCCAUAUUUCUCUGCUUCUAUUCCUUCAUAUUUCUUAUUUCUCUGCCCUUGACCUGAAUAACCUUGCAUUUUCAAGAGGUGGCCACAAGGUAGGGCAGAAACAAAUGAAGAAGAUGGGGCAGGCACAUGUUGUCCCCUGAGGUACUCAUUUAGAAACCGUGAGAGCAGCAAAAUGUUGGGAGAACUUGACUUCGCAGGUUGCACACUUGACACUGACCACCCCAGUAACAUAGAUAGCUUAGACUUUGCUAAGCCAUCACCUUCCAGAGGAAAAAAAAUCAUGUUUUUAUCCUACUUUGAGGCAGCUUACAGUAAAACAUGAGCAUAGCGAGUGCUUAACUAUAAAUCAUCUAGCAUUAUAUCUAAAAAGGAGGGUUAAUUAUACUAGGAAUCGGAUAGAAGAUAAUUCAUGUUCAUGCUAUUAGCUUUGAGCUUCCUGAAAGCCAAGCAAAAAUGGCACCAUGAUAGUUCAAAGUUGCUACAUAUUAAUGCAUGUAGCCUCAGUUGUGAAGAUGGUAGCCACCCCCACAGGAGUUUCUCAACCUUUUCUUUUGUCUUAUAGUUUGGCCUGCUUUCUUGAAUUCAAUAUGGUUGCCUCCUUUAUAACAUAUUUGAUAUAAAGAAGCCAAUUAGUAACAAAUAGGCAGUUUGAGUUGAUAGCUGUUAAUGUCUGUUUUGUAGCCAUCACAUGGAAAUGUCUCUAGGUUAGAUCUGAACUCUUCGACUCUUGAAGGUAAAUGCUGCAGAUCCCACUGACAAAAUUACUACACCAAGCUAAGAGAUCUUUGGGAUCCUUCUUCAACAUCAUCUUCCAUGAAAUUCUGGAACGAUUUUCCCUUGUCUCUUUCCUACUCCCUCUUAGUCUACUCCACUAACCUUAUUUCACAAGAACCAGUUGUUGAAUGCAUGAACUAAAACGCCCUAAAGAAUUUGCAUAUUUGGUCGUUCUUCUCUCAAGAAGGUGAAAGGAAGAGAGCUACCAUUGCUAAGAAGCCUGGUUCGAGUGUCUGAGUCUAGCCCCCAGGCAGAUGAAGCCAAGGUUUUGGCCAAGUGAAAUUGCCAAUUCCCUAAAAGAAAAGGCUAGUACAUUGCUGGUUGUAGCAUUCUGAACUUGCCUGUGCAAUCUUUUUGCUACCCUGCAAUUUCCUGUUGGUUAUAAAUGAAACCUUUCUAGCUAUUAAUGCAGCCUGUGAAUUGAAAGAAAAGCAUGUAAUUAAUCAAAGGAGGUUGGGGGGAUUCACUAAGCCUGAGUUAUAGGGGAGAAGCUGGACAAGGCACUAGGACCUAGAAGGCAUCUAUCCACCCUGGCAGGAAUUUCUUGCUUGGAGCUCAGACAACAAAGGCAUAGAGAGAUUGGUUUUCUUUCUCUCAGCAUCUCCACCCAACCAGCAGAAAACCGGUCUCUGAGGUUCCACCAAAAUAUGGAACUUGAUUUUGGACAUUUUGACGAAAGAGAUAAGACAUCCAGGAACAUGCGAGGCUCACGGAUGAAUGGGCUGCCCAGCCCCACUCACAGCGCCCAUUGUAGCUUCUACCGAACCCGAACCUUGCAGGCACUGAGCAACGAGAAGAAAGCCAAGAAGGUACGUUUCUACCGCAAUGGGGACCGCUACUUCAAGGGCAUUGUGUACGCUGUGUCCUCUGACCGUUUUCGCAGCUUUGACGCCUUGCUGGCUGACCUGACACGAUCUCUGUCCGACAACAUCAACCUGCCUCAGGGAGUGCGUUACAUUUACACCAUUGAUGGAUCCAGGAAAAUCGGAAGCAUGGAUGAACUGGAGGAAGGGGAAAGCUAUGUUUGCUCCUCAGACAACUUCUUUAAAAAGGUGGAGUACACCAAGAAUGUCAAUCCCAACUGGUCUGUCAAUGUGAAGACAUCUGCCAAUAUGAAAGCUCCUCAGUCCCUGGCUAGCAGCAACAGUGCCCAGGCCAGAGAGAACAAGGACUUUGUGCGCCCCAAGCUGGUGACCAUCAUCCGCAGUGGGGUGAAGCCUCGGAAGGCUGUGCGUGUGCUUCUGAAUAAGAAGACGGCCCACUCUUUUGAGCAAGUCCUUACUGAUAUCACUGAAGCCAUCAAACUAGAGACCGGGGUUGUCAAAAAACUGUACACUCUGGAUGGAAAACAGGUAACCUGUCUUCAUGAUUUUUUUGGUGACGACGAUGUGUUUAUUGCCUGUGGUCCUGAAAAAUUUCGCUAUGCUCAGGAUGACUUUUCUCUGGAUGAAAAUGAAUGCCGAGUCAUGAAGGGAAACCCGUCGGCCGCAGCUGGCCCAAAGGCAUCCCCCACACCUCAGAAGAGUUCAGCCAAGAGCCCUGGCCCCAUGCGCCGGAGCAAGUCUCCAGCUGACUCAGGUAACGACCAAGACGCAAACGGAACCUCCAGCAGCCAGCUCUCUACCCCCAAGUCUAAGCAGUCUCCCAUCUCUACGCCCACCAGUCCUGGCAGCCUCCGGAAGCACAAGGUAGACCUGUACCUGCCUCUGUCCUUGGAUGACUCAGACUCACUUGGAGAUUCCAUGUGAAGGAGGAUAGUGUUCAGAGUCCAGAGUACAAAUCCAAGCUUACCAUUACAAUAGGGUACUUCUGCUCAAGUGUCCAACAGGGCUAUUGGUGCUUUCAAGUUUUUAUUUUGUUGUUGUUGUUGUUGUUAUUUUUUAAAACACACUGUAAUAGGUUGGGUUUAUUUUCCUGUGAUAUCUCCUCUGGGCCACUGAUCCACAGUUACCAAUUAGAAGAGAUAGAUUGAUAACCAUCCUUUGGGGUAACUUUUCCAGGGAUGCAAACUAUGCUAGUCCAUGACCUUUCUAUUGAAUGCUUAGGCACCUGCUUUAUUUUUCCCACCUCGCUUUGCUCUCGACAGUCUUCCUUCUGUAGAGGGUUGUUUCUAUACAUAGCACUUAAGAUACGUGUGUGGAAAAAAAAACUCAUUGGCAAAUCCAAAAGUGACAAACACAAGUGUCCCUUGCCUCCCCAUCUCAAGAAUGCUGGAGGAUGCUGAGAGGAUGGCAAGGCAUCUCCCCAGCCUGGCUCUUCACUCCUGAUUGAGCCCCCAGUUUGUUGUCUAGCACCAAUUCUGGCUGUCAAGGGGGAGAAACACCAGCAACUUGUCAUUCUGACACCAGAUGCUUAGGACCUCGGUGCAGGGCUAACUGAAAGAGCCUGGGCAAAAUUGGAAAACACUGUAGACAUUUCAGUAGUGUUUAUAAAGCACAGUGAAUUCCUUGUCAGCAUCUCCACUGGGGCAAUUUAGAAUCAAUAAGCAAUUAAUAAGAGCUGGAGGUGAGGGACUUUUCAUAUGCCUAAUUCCUCUAGGAGGCUGUCUCACAUAGCGAGUUACGACACAAACUGUACGGUAUCCAUCUAUCUCUGUUCUAUUGAAUGCCUUGUAAACAGCCAACACUGAAAACACUGUGAGAAUUUGUUUUCAGGUCUGACACCUUUCGGUCGCUUUUUAUAGCAAGAAACCAAUAUCCUUUUUAUAAAACCUCGUGUCUGUAUUUCAGGAGCAUACUCUUCAGGCUCCUUUUUUAUAAACUGGUGACUUUUCUUUUGUCUAAAAAACACAUGCAGAAAAUUUACCAAAAAAAAUGCAGAAGAAUAACGUAGUUUAGAAAUCAUGCUGUCACUGCCAAACAGAAACCUCCAGAAAAAUCAAAAUGAAUAGCAGAGGCCAAUUCAAUAGAAUCAGACUUUUGAUAACUUUUUAACAGCUAUGCUUACAUUAAUAAUUUCAGUGUGGACCAGACAUUCUAAUUAUAUUUUAAAUGAAAUGUUAUGGCAUAUUUUAAGCAGCUCUUUUUUAUCUAUAAUCCUGAUAUUUCAUACUGAAGACACAGAGUCCUUUCACUUGUCUUUAACACUAGAAAGGAUUUCUCUUUGCUAAGGACUGAUGAUUUGAAGUAGUUCUCAGUCUUUGAGGUACAGGUUUAUAACACUGCUUUUUGUCUCUAAUCAUAGCCCAUAAUGGCAAAUACAACUAAAUUUAAGUGAAAGCCAUGCAUGCCAAUUCCGUGUUUACUUUUAGCAGAUAAAAUGAAGAUGUCCUUAUUUCUUUGUAAUUUUUCAAAUAGUUGGAGCAGUGCAACAUUCGCAGCCAAGCUUCUGUUUGGCUAUUGAAUGACUUGCAUUUGUUCUUCCACUUUAACUGGAAUGAGCUUGCCCUGUGUGUGUGCGUGUGCAUGCGUGCGUGCGUGCACUUGUGUGUGUGUGUGUGUGUGUAUGUGUGUGUGUGUGCAUCUGCUUCAUAAUUAGGAGAUAUUACAGGACACCCCCAAUAUAGAUCAGUGGCAACUUGGCAUUGCUGAUGUGUACUGUGUAGGAGGAAACUCAGUGGUGGAAGGGGAGACCAGAUGCCCCUAGACAAGCUUCAGAGAUGCUUAGCUACAAGAAACAUUUUUUGGUUCAAGGAAAGUUUAGUUGAUGGUAGUACUGAUUCCUGGUAAAACUGGUCAUUGAAGAACCCUAAAUUGUGAGAAGCUCCUUUUGCCCCUCUCCAUUAUUUGUAGGCUAUUAGAAACCAUUGAGAAGUCCAUUUUAUGUCCCCCUAUUUCCUAGAAGCUCAAGAUUUGCUUAGUGCCUCCCAGAUCAAUUUUUAGUUAAUUGGGAAAAAGUGGUACUUGGGAUGAAGGAUGUACAGAGUAGUAGGAAGUCUAGAAACAGACUUCAGGCCAGAUCCCCAGAGAUUUCGCCCAUUGUCUUUCUCUAGAUCUCAUUUAGUCUAAUUCCUUCUAUUUAAGAUGAAACUGAAGCUGAGGCAGCCAAAUGACCUGCUGAUCAAGACCAGGACCAGUGCAGGAACUCAGAUUUCCUUAUGUCUAGGCCCUAUGCUACCACUCUGAGCAUUUCCUUGCUUGUGGAAUAUAUACCAUUAGAAAAUACUCAGUGGGAGUUCCCGUCAUGGAGCAGUGGUUAAUGAAUCUGACUAGGAACCACGAGGGUGCAGGUUCGUUCCCUCGCCUCUUUCAGUGGGUUAAGGAUCCGGCGUCACCGUGAGCUGUGGUGUAGGUCACAGACGUGGCGCGGACCCUGCGUUGCUGUGGCUCUGGCAUAGGCUUGCGGCUACAGCUCCAAUUAGACCCUUAGCCUGGGAACCUCCAUAUGCCACCACUGCAGCCCUAGAAAAAAAAGCAAAAAGACAAAAAAAAAAAAAAAUCCCCAAAAAACCAGGAAAAUAUUCAGUGGACAUAUUUUUUUUAGAAUGAUCCUUCAACCAACAAUCUUCUAUAAUGAUAAUAGGAUUUCCACCUUCUUAAAAAAAUUGAUUAUAAGGAACUGUUUCUUCUUCAGAGGGACAGUCCCGCUUCAGAGGGACUCGGUAUAGUUCAAAAUUCAAGCCUUUAAUGAUUACAUUUUAAAUUGGCCCAUUUUCAAGGCAAAAAAAAUAAUAAUAAUAAGUUCGUUUGAAACUGAGCACCUUCGGCCCCAUCCUUCGUUCCCAAUCUUACCCAAUCCAGUUUUACCACAAAAGUCCCAUUAUGUUCCUCCUACAUAGUCAGCAAUGCGCGAGCCAUUCAGCAAGUUUUUACUGUUAAUCUCCCCAUUUUCCCUCCCUCUUUCACACACACACACACACACACACACACACACACACACACAUGAGAGAGAGACACACACACACGGAGACACACACACACACACACACACCAUCCAUCUGUUGCUUGUUCCUACCUCCUGAUUUUUCUCCCUUACAGAAAUAGAAAUAGGGACAAAGAAGGGGAAAAUGUAUAUAUGGGGGCUGGGCUGAACAACUUCAUAAGUAGUGUUAACUAGGGGUAAAUUGAGAGAAAAGUUCCUUUUCUCUUCACUGUUUUGGAAAGGAUAGCCAUUAGCAUGACUGCUUUGUGUCCUUACGGAUUUUAGUAUUAGCCUAGAUUGAAUCAUAGAGUUUUCUAGUUGGAAGGAACCUUAAGAUCAUAUCAUCUACUCCACAUUCCUCAUUUUCAGGCCAGGAACGGAGAUGCAGAGGUAAAGUAAUUUCCCCAAGGUCACACAGCUGGCUAGGGGCAGGGCUGGGAUUAGAACCCACAGCUCCUGGCUCUUAUUCCAAAGCCUUUUCCCACUGAACUGUAUUGCCUUCCACCAGGCUCCUGAGAAUUCUUUCCCAGGGUCAUGUUGCAUCUUGGAGCCAUAUGCUGCUGCCCUGAUGUCAGCGGGAAAUCCACCGAGCAACCUAAUACGGCUCUUUCUCCCUCUGUUCACAUGGUUCCCGUUCACAUGGACUGCAGAUGUCCCCAGAGAAAUGGAGGCACUGAGGACCUACUGGAACAAGGGGGUCACUGACCUUGUCCAUACAACACAGGGGAUCACUGCCCCACCUUGAGGCGCCCUCAGAGCAGAGCCCCCUGUGUUGCUACCUUGUCCGAAUGGGAUGGGGAAGACUGCUUUCCCCUGUCAGCUCACCUCAUCUCAUGCUGGUUGGUCUUUGUAGGCUGAAGGAAAGGUUUCUUAUUCCCAGAGCAGGGAAAGGCAGGGAGGCAGGGAAGAAGGAGGGAAGGAAGGAAGGAAGGAAGGAAGGAAAGAAGGAAGGAAGGAAGGAAGGAGGGAAACAGUAGCUUUGUUCAUCCAGACUUUCUGAGAUGACUUUUCAGUAGUUUUUAAACGAGUGUGCCUACCAUUCCGCUGGCAGUGAUUUCUUUUAAAAUAUGGGAGUGAGACUAGCUAGAGAAAAUAACCUGGUCUUACUGUGGUUGCCCUCAUCCGCAAUGUGUCCAUAGUCGUCCCGCCCUAAUGGGAACAAUUUCCAGGUAUAAGCAAGGGGCUUUGUGACUCAAAUGUUCCCUGCCUGAUGUUAAACAUUGGCUCCUUGAGUUUGCACUAAAAUAGUAAGCUACGUGCUGUACACACCAUGUCCGUCUUCUUGUGUACACGGCUCCCGGGGCCCUUCCAGGGCAGAAACAGGGCAACAAGUUUUCUUCCUGGGAACCAGUAUUCAUUAGUUCAGUUCCAAAAGACCUCCUCUGGGCUUACCCCACUCCUCAGGAAAUUCGCUCUCCCUCCUCCUUCUCCUCCUCAAUCAGAAGUAACCAAGGAACCUUCAAGGGGAUGUGUUGUAUCUGAAGAAGGCAAGAAGAAGGGGUCUGAGCCUCUAGAGCCUUCACUGAAUCACCCAACCCAAGUCAGACCAGCAGUCCAGUGCUUGCCUUGGCCAACACUCUGUUUACUUCUUAGAACUUUUGGUACUUUGGAUGGACCUGUCCCUAGUCCCCCUCAGAUUUGUUUCUAAAGAGCUUAUUUAAAAAAAAAAUACAUCUCCCUUGGACAAGGGAGCAAGCAUGCCCAUAUCUCCAAAACAAGCUCCAGCCCACUGAUGAGAAUGUUCCCAAAGAGCAGUGUACCUCAAACACAUCUAUGCCAAGAGACCUCCCCAGACAGAGGCACUGAGACAAUGGGGUUUGAACGACUUCCUUCACUGUCCAGUUUGCUAUGGAAAUAAAAAGCAUUGGCAAUUUCUUUAAAAGAAAAAAAAGGCCAUUGGAUCCUGUCCUUGGCCACAUGGGGCCACUUGGAUCUCCAAGACUAGGCCUCACUCGUAUAUUGCCUUUACUGCAUGAAAGGAUUUGGCUUCUAGGCCUAGGCUGGCUUCCUAAGUAAACCGUCGGCAUUUUGAAGCUUAUCUGGGACUGAAGAGGGGUUAGCAUUCUCUAUUUUGGAACCAGGAACCUAGAGAGGAUAAAGGCCUAGCCAUAGAUAUGCCAAAAGUGAUCCGGGACCUCUUGUCUGGAGCUUUGCCAUUGCUGGGCUUCCUGGGUCUCUCUCCAGGUGUGGAAGUUCAAGGCUGUCACACUCCUGCCUCCACCUAAGAAGGGGACCCCAUAUGUUGCCUUAUCCACUCUUUUAUGAUUCCAUCCGGGGUUUCCAUUUUCUUGCAGGUGUGACCACCUGGAGCAAGCAGACUGCAUCGAUUCCUCUUGCGUACCUUUUGGCUGGAGGUACACCAUGCCAACAGGUUCUCUGACUUUUGGUGGCCCAGAUCCAGUCCAGUGCCAUGAGCACUCAAUGGAUUGCCUUGGCCCUGAACACUGUAAUCAUAGACCAAGACAACAUGAAUCACUUCUUAAAAAUAAAUUCCUGAUUUUAUUUUUCCUCUGGCUAGCAAAACUCACUUCCCUAGCAGGGAAAAGGCUGGAGGUUCUUGCCACACAGCAGCCAAAAUAUAUAUUCAGGGAGGACAAUGCAUUUCUAAACCCACAGAGCCCUGGCUCCAAUGGGCAAGCUACUGUGGGCUCAGACUUAGCAGAUUCUUCUAGCCCUUCCACUUUUUCUUUCCAGAGACAAGGAAGCUCCUUCUCCAUCAUCCUGUCUUUCAGUAUGUCUGGUUAGAGAAUUUUCUCCUUCUAUCUUUUCAGGAAAGGGUGACUUCCUCCUCUGUCUCUCCCACCCUGGUCCCCAAGCUUGUCUCCAUCCCCAAAAGACCUGGGGUGGUCUUUAUACCCAGCCUCCUGGUGUUGCUUCCUGCUUUCUGUUAAGAAGCCAUGUAGGCCUCCCAUCUGGCCUAGGCAGUGAGAUGCUUGUUGUCAUAGGACAAGGCUCUAGGACCUCCCCUUCUAACUGCCCAACUUUUUAUUCCUUAGCUCAUAGGCUUCACCAUCUUCUGGAAUCAGAAGCAGUCUUGUCUUACCUUGGAUACCUGAAGCUAGGGGAGUAUAGAAUUCUCAUUGGGAAUUAAGGCAUCUUCUUUUCCUGAUUAGUAGGACAGGCUAGUUGGGAGAGAUCAGUGGCACAACAGAAGUCAGAGCAGACAUCCUGUGAACUAAGGCAAAGACUGGGAGGCAUUGGAACUUUUCGUUCAGGGGUUAACAACGAGGAAAUCCACGGCUUUCUGCCACUCUCUUCCUUACCUCCCCUUGUAUCUCUUGUCUUUUCUUUCUCUCUCCAGUUCACCAUAUUUGCUCUCUGUUUUAUCCCUCUCUCUUUCUGCAGUACAAACCUCUCUCCUCUGUCCUCUGCAAUCCUUCUCUCUCUCUCUCUCUCUUUUUUUCUCUCCCUUUUAAUGUUUUACCUUCCUCCUUAUUGAGGUGUUGGGCCUAUGCCUCUUCUUAGCCCCUUGACCUUGCCUUGGUCAUGAGGAGUUGUUUCCAGACUCAGCAAGCCCUGAGCCUGCCCAAGUCCAGUCAGAAGUGUGUUCGUGGGGAUCAAUCCGAUCCUGGCCCUUUCUUCCACAUUUUCAGUUGUAAUUCCCCAAAGCAGAUCCUCCCAAGCAGGUUCCUUAUUGCUCACGUAUCUUUGGGUCAUCGCCUUCCAAGUAUUGUACAGAAUACCUUGUGGAGCAGUGAAACGUGCUCAGAGAAGUAAUCAGCUGAACUGGAAGAUCCACCUAGGGAUUCAUAUCAGCUAAAUACUAGUGGUUGAUUUUGUUUAAUUUGCUCAUAAUUUUAAAAGCUGCAAUAUAAUAUAAGGAGAGACCAGAGGUAAUUUCUCCUGUCAUUUGGUUUAGCUGGGGGUGGGGUGGGGGGACAGUUUCUUUAAAGUUUGACCAUUAUACCAUAAGCCCUCUAUAGUAUGUUUGGGGCUUGCCGAGUGUUGACUUUUUCAAGCUGAACUGAUAGGCAAUUGGGGUUGCUUUAAAUGUUCAGUGUAUUUAGCAACUCCAUAAAAAGAAACGUUCACUUAAUUGACUUGUGCUUUUCCUUCUGUUACUAAAUUCAGCUAAACAUUUCCUAUUGACACCAACUGUUCAUGAUCCUGUGCACGUGGUCCAUAUAAGAGUAAUACUAGACCUAAAGAAGCUAUCCUGCAGGUGCUAAUUUAUUCAUCAGGGUGCACAGCCCUUGGGAAUGUCACUGCUUAGCAAUAGCAUAUGGAAUGCCCUUUCCAUUGCCAUUUCUUUGUAAGUUCUCUUAAAGGGAUCUGAGCAAGCAAGAGGUUUUACCUACAUGUCUCCAGUCUAUGGUCCUGUAAUAUAUUGCAGCUUGAAGCCAAUGAUCCCUUAUGACUUGUAUACAACUAAUGCAUGUUUUAAUUGAAUUUUGCAUUUCUCAUGUGUGGUAAGUUCUUUAAAACGUUUUCGCUCACCUUUUGGUGCCAUUAAACUUGUACAGAAAACGCUUUUAUGGCCAUUUUCAAAGGGAGAAAGUUUAAAAUGGAAACAGCCCACCCUUUCUGCCCUAUAGCUGUAGUUAGAACUCAGUAACUGUAGCAAAACAGCUGUAAUUGGUGGUUGUAGUGUUAGAGGCGUUAGCUUGCUAGUGACUAGCUUUGGAGAGUAAAUGCAUGGUAUUGUACAUCACAUUUCUUAAAUAACUCAUUCUAACCUCUGAAAAGAAUAUAUUCUUCCUUGUGGUCCCUCUUCCCUCCCUCGCCUUCUCCCUCCCCCUGCUCCCUGGUGUCUUGCAGUUGUAAAUAACUGAUUUAGGGGCCAAUAAUUUUUGCCAAGUAAAGUCAGCAAAGAACAAACAAACCAAAAAGGGGGGGAGGCAUUUCUCAACAGCCUCUUAGCAGUUAUUAACCAUUUCUCAAGGAAUGGCAUUGUGAUCAAAGACUCAGUUCCCCUUUGCAUAAAAAUCAGGGGCAGGUUGGGCGCCUCUUGGGCUAUUUGAUGGCCUUGCAGAAUUAAAUCAUUCUCAGGAUCACACCUAAUCGAAAAUCAGUGGACAAAGAUGUCCCUUAGCCCUGCAACAGUUUUGAGAUAUUCAGGGGCCCGCAGAAGGCUCUGCUUGAUCAAUGAUGGAUAAUUAUUUUUAAAAAAGAAAAGAAAAACAGAGCAAGACAACAGAUAUUUUAGGGAUUUGUAGUUGCCCCUUUAGGAUAGUUAUGGCCAGAAAAGACAAGGACAUGGGUUUAUAUGUAUUGCUGUCGGCUUCCCAGGCAGUGCCUCGCCUGCUCUUAGGCUGUGAUUCAAAAGCAAGAAGGCGGCCUCCUUUUUGGUUUGCUGUUCCCACUUGGACUGAUAGGUUUGGUGAGGCCCACGUAAACCAGCUGGAGCAGACCCUUUUCAUCUCCUGUGCCUGUUAAUAUCCCUCUUCCUCCCUUCACAAUUUGAUGAGGGCUUUCUUUGGUCAGAGGACUUCAAAGUCUAGAGAAGUUCCCCAUGUGUAUAGCGUGUUGUGAACUGUGAACGCUGCGGAUUCACAGCGUUCGAUACCGGGCAGCCACGGAGCUGCUCUUGCAAUCAUUUUGGCUCUCAAGCUCUGCUCUUCAUCUCAUUCUCAUUUAUGUGUACAUUUGCAAGAUGUGUGUAAUGUCAUUUUCCAAAAAUAAAAUUUGAUUUCAAUA